AAGUACGCAACGCCACGAGGGGAUUUUUAUCAAGAGAUUUAACGGACGAGAACGCGCCGCCCAAAUUCCGCGCCUCGUCGACCUCGGCUCCGGCCACCGAUCGAUGGCUCUGCCGGUGACCACCAGGGCGGCGCCGGCGAUGCCCUUCGCGCCGCAGCCGCGCACCGCCGGCGGCGGCCUCCUCCGGCGACCGUCGCCGCCUGCCGCCGCGCUGCGCAUCGCGCCGCCCCUCUUCUGGCCGUGGCAGAAGGUGAAAGUCGGUCCCCUUUCUGUUUCGCCUAUGGGAUUUGGAACAUGGGCUUGGGGGAACCAGCUACUUUGGGGAUAUCAAGAAAGCAUGGAUACUGAACUUCAGGAGUGUUUCAAUUUGGCUCUGAAGAAUGGCAUAAACCUUUUUGACACUGCUGACUCUUAUGGAACUGGAAGGUUGAAUGGUCAGAGCGAAAGGCUCCUCGGUAAAUUUAUCCGCGAGUAUGAAGGGCCGAUGAAGUCCCCUGAUGAUGUGAUCAUUGCAACCAAGUUUGCAGCAUAUCCUUGGCGGCUAACAUCAGGCCAAUUUGUCAGCGCCUGCAAGUCUUCUUUGGAAAGAUUGCAGCUUGAUCGGCUCGGGAUAGGACAGCUGCAUUGGUCUACUGCUAACUAUGCACCUCUGCAGGAGCGUGCUCUUUGGGAUGGUCUAGUUGAGAUGUAUGAAAAGGGUUUGGUUCGUGCUGUCGGCGUCAGCAAUUAUGGGCCCAAGCAGCUUCUGAAGAUCCACAGCCAUCUAUCAUCUAGAGGUGUUCCAUUGAGCUCAGCUCAGGUUCAGUUCUCACUACUGAGCAUGGGGGAUGAGCAGAUGGAGCUGAAAACUGUGUGUGAUUCUUUGGGCAUUCGUCUGAUUGCUUAUAGUCCACUUGGAUUAGGAAUGCUGACAGGAAAGUAUACUACUUCUAACCUUCCAAGUGGACCAAGGUCUGUGUUGUUCCGGCAAAUUCUUCCUGGGUUGGAAUCUCUGCUGACUUGUCUGAAAAGAAUUGCAGAAAGGAAGGGGAAGACCAUGUCUCAAGUGGCCAUAAAUUGGUGCAUCUGCAAGGGCACAAUUCCUAUUCCAGGUGUCAAAACAGUCAGGCACGUCGAGGAUAACUUGGGAGCACUGGGCUGGAGGCUUAGCCCUGCUGAAGUUUCAGAGCUCGAAGCUGCAGCAAUGGAGUCUCCGAAGAGAAUGGUCCAGAACAUAUUCCAAACUGCAUGAGCACACAUAUAUAUAAGGAUCGCUCCAACCAUCAGUAAUUCAGUGAGAGAGAAUUAGAAGUGUGCAUUUCUCCUAAUUGAGAAUUCAUCACUGUAAAUACAUAUUCCAGCCAAGUGUUUCAGUCUGAAGAAUAUAUAUAGACUGUGACACGCACGAAGUGCCAUAAUCUUACUGAGAAAGAAGGUUGCUGCAGAAACAUUGUCCAUAUAACAUUUCACCAGCUUAUUCCAAUACACUCAGUUUCCCAGAGAACAAGCAGCUUAGCUGUGCCAUUCAACUAUCUGAACCAGAGCGAUCAGAUAGUACUCAGUUUAACAGCUUAAACCUUACUUAUAGGUAGCACUAGUAAUUACAUAAUAAACUAUAUAUACAAACCAGCAACACGGGGCAGAUACAACAAAUCGGAUCGUCGCUAAUGCGCACCAUCAAUGGCGGGGCUCGUGACGUCACACCUUGCAGUACUUGGCGGCGGCGUCGCGGUCGGGAUGCUGCUGCUGCUGCUGCUGCAUGAGCGAGAGCGCGCGCUCGAACUGCGCCCACCGCUGCUCGAGCGUGCCGUUGUACCCGACGGACAUGCGGACGAGGCCGGGGGAGAUGCCGGCGCGAGCGCGGUCCUCGGGCGGCAUCUCGCUGCUGGUGCUGCUGCCGGAGCACGACAUGAGGGUCUCGUAGUAGCCGAGGCUGACGGCCAUGAGGCCGAAGCGGGUGGUGUUCUGGAGGUGGUGCAUGAGGCGGUUGGCGCGGUCCUCGGUGCCCAUGUCGACGCAGAGCAUGCCGCCGGCGCCGUAGCCCGGGUUGGCGAU